AUUUAAAAAUAGUAGAUGAUGCAAGAAUCAAGAUAACUUCCAAACCCAAGUGUACUACACUAUGCAAUCUUGUUUGCCCUUUCCUUUCUUGUUUCCUGAACAACCCACAACUUUUCAAUUCAAUACAAAAAUUAAACUUAAUACUACCUUCCCUUUUUUAAUUUUUUUUAUCACUUUCCAUCAUUUUUUCUUCCUCUUCUCACACUCACCUCUUUGUUUCAGCCCCUGGUAUACUUCAAUAGAAAAACCCCUCAAAAAAAAUCCACUCCUUUCUUUUUCAAUCUUUUCAAAUCACAAUAUCUUAAUCAUGUUUUGAUCUGGGUCUUUAAAUUUUUCUUUACCCAGAUCAUAAUUUUCAACCAACUCUACCAAUCUUCUUACUUUUUGCCAAAAUUAAACUCAUUUUUUUCUUUUUCUUGUUGGGUUUUUUAAUUAAUUACAUUUUGAUUAUCCCCUUUCAUUUUAAUGAUGGUUGUCAUCUGUUGAGUUUCUGUUUGCAGGCUUGUUAAUCCAUCGUCUUGAGCUUUUAUCCGAAUUUCUUCAUCAUGGUUAGAGGUAGAGGAAAAGGCAAGAAGCAGACUGCUGUUACAUCUAACAAUGACGUAGAGAACGCAAAAGAGGAGAACAUUCCGGCAUCUAAGAGAAGGGGGAGGCCACAGAAGCCACUGAAGGAUGAGGUCGAAGAUGUAGAGAGUGCAAAGAUAGCAAACGGUGAAGAAAAUGCUAACAGUUCAAUGACAAGUAGAAGCUCAAAAGGUCAAUUUACUGCUGUGAGUGGAACAAAAAGGAAGAAUUCAUCACAAGUGCAGGAGAAUUUAGAUUCCGUCAAGGAGGAAAAUGGUGCAGAAGCAAAGUCUAUUACUGAGGGUUUUGUGAAAUCAGUAGGGUUUAGACAAAUUGGAAGCAGGAGAAAAAGCAAGCCUCAUCGUGCUGCUGAAGUUGGUGUAAAAUGCAAAUGAAAAUGAAAUGGAAGCGUCUGCUAUGACUUUCAGCACCCUCAUUUUGUGUUGGCAUAUGGUUUAUGCUGAGGGUCGAUCUGUAUUGGCUCAUUUUUCGUGUUCAGCAUUUUCUUAGUUUCAGUUUCUUGUGAAUGGUUCAAGCUCAACCCCCCCCCCCCCCCCCCAAUUGAGAUUGUGGUUUUAUUCUGAUGAACAUAAUUUGCUGAUUUCGAAUUUGGAAGAAUUUUAAGCAAUGUAUAGUUUCAUUAGUCAUUUAUUGACAUCUAUUACUGUUA